CCUGAGAUUUUUGUAUGAUGUGUGGUUUCCAUCAAAAUGGAAUUUAUGUUGUUUUGAACGAUUGAUAAUUAUUCUCUCUGUCAAGAAGCUGGUGAUUUUUAAUUUGGCUUGCCAGAAUCCUGCCUGUAAAGCAUUGCCAGCCGUUUUUGCCUGGUGAAGGAGGAGUGCUGCGUUUGGACGAUUGCGGAUUGCAAGGGUAGUUACUACCUGAAGACCUUACGGCUUAGUCCUGUGCUUCGGGAGCACAAUCAAAUAGACGCUCGGCAGGUGUAUUGCGCGAAGUGGUGAGCCAUGGAUCAGGGAAGCGUGGGAGCUGUGCCUGCCGCUGCUCAAGGACCUUGGUAUUUAACAACGGGACAACGAAUUUGCGGCACCGUCGCCGGCAUCGCGGCCGUGGUGUUUGGCGCACUGCUGAUCAUCUUCUCCGUCAUCACCUUGAGCGUCGGCUGCGUCAUCGGCGGCGUCCUGCAGAUCGUGUUCGGCCUGACGAUGCUGGCGUUCGAGGCGCCGUUCCUGGUGCGCGGCCUGACGGCCUUCGGGCGCAUCGCCGCCUUCUGGGAGCACAAACCGCAGUGGUACAAGGUCAUCCUGUACGCCGCCAUGGGCAUCCUGCCCCUCAUCAUCUGCGGCUUCGCCACCAACAACAUCCUGGCCUCCCUCGGCAUCAUCAUCACCGCCGUCCUCUACGGCAUGGCCGCCGUCGGACGCAAGGGCUCCGGCGCGCAGAUGGUGCCACCCGGGCCGGCCUUCCAGGGCGAGCCCUACGCCGACAAGUCCGGGCUGGUGGAGAGCCAGUACAACACCGGGGGAUACGCCGCCGGCCCCGGCGGCUUCCGUUGAGCUCAGACAAGCCCCUGCUCUGGCUUCCGACGGGGCGCUGUACUGCCCCGGGAUAUUCCUACACCGAACGAUUGCCCGUGACUUUUAUAAGUUCCUAACUGCGUCGCUGUCUCUGCUUAUGAUGUAUUCCAUGGAUUCCGGUUUAAUUUCUCCUAUCCACAGUUUUAUAACGUUUCCGUCUUGAUGUUGGCCGUUGACUGUUUAUGUUACUCUGAUCUCCGAAUGUUGUCUCGCAGUUGCAUGUGCAUCCGUAUAAUUGUUUUACACUGUUUCCAUUGGACAUUGAUUCGUCAUUCCGUAGCGCCGGUAGCGGUUUAAUCAUUCAAAAAUUCGUGAAAGGUUACAUUGGCCGUUGAUUUCGUACUACUUAACGUGAAUUCCUCCGCAAAUUCGUUGGCUUUUAACUAAAUUUAACAUGUAGUAGAAAGAAAUAAA